AUGUAUCUCCUAUACAUGAAUAUUAUCCCUAUACUGAUUAUGAUGCUAUUCGCGAACGCGCGGAUAGAGAUAGUGGAUAUAAAUACUGUGCAAAAUACUACACUCCAGAGAGACUCGAGCUUGGUGGUUAAUCCACUUGGCCCUAUUAACCCACUGCGCGGAUACAUCUACCACAGAAAUGGAUGGAUGCACAACAUGCGAUUUUUCUCACAUAAUAUAAAGGCCUACUUUAGUCUGGAAAAAUCCUCCCAAUCAACAAAAACCACAGACGUGUAUAACUAUACAAGAACUCCUUGUAGGGACUGCACGCAUCCUUCUUCUUCUACUAUAGAAAGAGAUAUUUAUACAAUCAAAUACUACGAGACGAUUAUCAAAAUGUUUCCCUCCUGUUCAGGUGAGCUAUCCAUUCAAACAUCUAAGUCUAAUUCAUUUAUCGAGUUUUUGAGACUUAGCAAGAGAAACGGCUCUGUUCAGUAUGUCCUUGCAGCUCUUUUGCUUCUUGCAGAGCAAGUAGACAUUAACAUUGAAAUAGAUUGCAGCAUUGAUAUGUCACUUAUCAUCAGAGAUAAGACUGGGUCCAAAGAAUACGUGAAUAUGCCUAUGCAUAUGUUAUAUACCAAUCUAAAGACAUCUGAGAAAGAGAAGGUCUAUUUAAUUGAAGCCGUAGAAGUUAUUACGUUCUUCAUAGAAUGCAAAGAAAAUCGAGUAAUAGACAAGGAGGGGAUAUUUGCCCAGGCAACUACUAAAGAUCAGUUCAAGAAAGGGCUGUUUUUAUGCAAUCCUAUAUUUCUUAUUGAGUCGUAUAUCUUUGAGUUUAUUGAAACUUCCGAAGACUACAUGCAAAUUGUAGAAAAGGUGCACGAGCUUCUCUGCGACCAGCUGGAAAAUGAAUUGUCUGAGAAUACCCUUGCCACAGCCAAUGCAGUAUUCAAAAAGUGCUUUUCCAGUGUUGCUACGCUUGAUAAAGAUGCUGCAUGCCUUGAGGGCUUCUAUAAAUUCAUGCAUUUUUUGGAUGAUAAUCGGAAAUUUCCCUUCUACCAUGACAUUGAAAAGCCCACAUAUACACGAGUACCGCAAUACGACCGAAGUCAAAAAAAAUUUGUGGAGAAUCAGCUACUGUACUACAGCAACUAUACAGAAACAGCUCUUCUUGGGCUAUUCUGCUGCCUUGCAUAUGAUUUAGGCACAAACCAAUAUACAACGAAACACAUAGAAAAAGCAUCUGUGGAUUUACAAGACUUCUUCUCUAGGUAUAGUAUUCCUUUUGCUGCUACUACAUACCCCAUUCAUGAAGCCUGGUGCAAAGUUGUGGCGUGUCUAGACAAUAACAGAAUAAUAUACAUGAAGGAUAAGAACAAGAUCAAAAGUGGGCUGAUCAAUAUUCUCCGAGUUAUUUCAGAAGUUACAGGACGAUAUAAAGACAUUGAGAAAAAGAUUCAAUCUUUGGAGAAGAUAAGCUAUAAUGUCAAACUAACUAGCAAAAAUAUCGAUGCCAUAACCAAAAUUGUAUCUGAUGUUAUUCUAUGUCUUUCAAAGAACCAAUCAAUAGAAAUUGCAGUGAAAGAUCUUUCUACAGCACAAUGCUCUAGCGGUAGGUAUGAAAUCUUUGGAACUAUUGAGCUCAAGUAUGCCUUCAAAUCAGCAUUUAAUGUGAUCUCUAUUGAUAUAACCCAAGCAAACGCCAAUAUGCUAAUUUCGUAUAUACUAGGGGAUAUGCCUGUAAAUAUUGCGAACAAACAGCUUGAAUUACACGAACAAUACAAAUCUGCAAAUAAUUUUAUAGCCUAUGCAAUUUCAAACUGCAUAACGAACGAAACCGCAUGCAUCAAUAUGAAGGAACGAUAUAUACAGGUAUAUCUAAAAAACGCUCUCACAGAUAUACUCUACCGGGCGCAUAAUGACACAAAAAAAAAGCUCUACCAAGUUAUGCUAUUGGCAAAAAUAGACAGCAUAGAGCAAAAGGGAAUGUAUGUGUUUGAAACUAUGCUCUAUUUUAUUGGGCAUAAUCUGACUGCGUCCCAUGAUAGUGUGCGAUUCACAUCAAACCUCCUUGCAAGUGCUCCGCUUAAUAGACUAUCUGCGCGAGAAAGUAUGAUGACUAUUUUUUCAAUUAUAGAGAACUAUCCCAAGCUCUAUCCAAAUAUUGACUAUACGAUCACAUCGCAUAACAUAGAUGAAAUUGAUUACAAUUCUCUAUACGAUAUAUUUUACUAUAGAAUGGCACAUGUUUCAGAUGAAACUAGAUAUAACUGUCUUAAAUUGUAUAUUCAGCUACCUGAAUCUGCCGAUUUCUAUGCGAACAUUCUAAACGAUAUUAUGGCAGGGUGCACAUUAUUUAAUCUGAUCUGUGAGUUAAAGGGCUUAGAAGGCAUUGAAGAGAUUCAUAAGUUGCUGGAGCUCCACUGGAAGAACAAAAAUCCGUCAGUGUACGAGUUUGUGAAUAUAGUGUGGCUUUACCUCUCCUGCACGCAAAAAGAGGGAACAGAAGAGAUGAUAAAGCUUAUACUUGGAUAUGUUAAUCCGAACAGCAUUGAUUCUACCAUCAGAAAUUUCUUGUGCAAUCAAAGAAGUUCUCUAAUUGCAAAAGCCCUUAUUUCUAUGAAAGACUGUCUUGACAUGAAUGCAAGCAAAGAGGAUAUAAACCGCAUUAAUGCUUUAAUAAGUAUUUUGCAGGAAUAG